UCAUACUCAUCGAAGAAGAAAAAGUAGAGCCGUAGAAGCGGAGUUUUUAGUUGAGAGUGAAAGAUGGCACAGUGGACGCUCCUUAUCGUUUUCUUCUGCGUGGCCACCGCCGCCGCCGGAUUGAGCUUCCAUGACUCCAAUCCUAUUCGGAUGGUCUCCGACAUGGAGGAGCAGCUUCUUCAGGUCAUCGGAGAAUCUCGCCACGCUGUCUCUUUCGCUCGUUUUGCUAACAGAUACGGCAAAAGAUACGAUACCGUUGAUGAAAUGAAGCGUAGAUUUAAGAUCUUCUCUGAAAAUCUUCAACUUAUCAAAUCUACUAAUAAGAAACGCCUCGGUUAUACUCUCGGUGUUAAUCAUUUUGCUGAUUGGACUUGGGAGGAGUUCAGAAGUCAUAGACUCGGUGCUGCUCAAAAUUGUUCUGCUACUCUCAAGGGGAACCAUAGGAUUACCGAUGUUGUUCUUCCCGCUGAGAAAGACUGGAGGAAAGAAGGUAUAGUCAGUGAAGUUAAGGAUCAAGGCCACUGCGGAUCAUGCUGGACAUUCAGCACAACUGGAGCUUUGGAGUCAGCUUACGCACAGGCCUUCGGAAAGAAUAUCUCUCUUUCUGAGCAGCAGCUAGUAGACUGUGCUGGUGCUUACAAUAACUUUGGCUGCAAUGGUGGGUUGCCAUCCCAAGCCUUUGAAUACAUUAAAUACAAUGGUGGCCUUGAGACAGAGGAAGCAUAUCCCUACACUGGACAAAAUGGUCUCUGCAAAUUUACAUCUGAAAACGUUGCCGUUCAAGUCCUUGGCUCUGUCAAUAUCACCCUGGGUGCUGAGGAUGAAUUGAAACAUGCAGUUGCUUUUGCUCGGCCCGUUAGUGUGGCAUUUCAGGUGGUUGAUGACUUCAGGUUAUACAAGAAAGGAGUUUACACUAGUACAACUUGUGGCAGCACACCCAUGGAUGUGAAUCAUGCUGUUCUUGCUGUUGGGUAUGGAAUUGAAGAUGGUGUACCAUAUUGGCUCAUUAAAAACUCAUGGGGAGGUGAAUGGGGUGACCAUGGCUACUUCAAGAUGGAAAUGGGGAAGAAUAUGUGUGGUGUUGCAACUUGUUCAUCCUAUCCUGUUGUUGCCUAAAUGGUACGGAAGGAUGUGAUACCCGAAAGGCUGCCCUUGUGAAUUCCACCUUGCAUGUUAUGCUUUCUAGUUCAUCUUAAACGUAAAAUGUCUGAUACGAUGAUAAGUCUUUGUUGAUAUUCUUCUGUAAAAUAAGUUUGGAGUUUAGAUGCCAUUUCUUCUAUUUGUCAUAUACCACACUACAAAAUAAGAUUGUAAAUCAUGUAUCAUUAUCACACACAGACGUUAUCUUUAUUUGGUGUAUUUCCCCUGAUUAUGUAGCAAUUAAAGGAUAACAUGCUGGGUGUGUGUUUAUCAUUACUUAAUAGUU